AUGAGUGAUGAUGUGACAGCACCGUUGGAGUCCUAUGACGAGGAUGUUUUCGUGGAUAGUCUGGAAGAUCCAGCUAAGAAGUAUGCUGGCAUGAUGAAGAAGGCGGCACCAGUAGCGCCCAAACAACCCAUGGCACCUAUGCCAGAAGAUGAAGAGCUCUUGCCUCCACAAUUCUUCGGUUCCAAGCUCAUGUGGCUGGGCUUGUUUUGGGUUACCUUGGUAGCAGUUGUUAUUGUUGUGGCAGUCCGGGCUACUCAAAGUGAUGAUCCCACUUCUGCCCCAAUGACAAUGGCUCCCACAGUAGCCAAUGCUACCGUUAUUCCGGAUGCAAAUGCUACCGAAAUUCCGGAUGCAAAUGCUACCGAUAUUCCUGCUACCCCAGCUCCCACGGCUGGUCCUCCUGUGAGUGCCCCUGUGGCAACCACAAUGGCUCCCACAGUUGCUGCCACUGUCCCACCAGUGGCGACCACAAUGGAUCCUACCGAUGCUGCAACCGUCCCUCCCGAGGAAACCACAAUGUCUCCCACAGCCGCUGCUACCGUCCCACCAGUGGCAACUACUCUGUCCCCGACAGCAGCUGCUACUGGAACUCCUACAAUGAUUGCCGUUGAAACUGGAGCUCCUACAAUGAUCGCAGUGGCUACUGGAACUCCUACAAUGAUCGAGGUUGCUACUGGAACUCCUACAAUGAUCGAGGUUGCUACUGGAGCUCCCACAGAAACUCUCUUGGAGGCCACUGUCGAGCCGACGACUGCUCCAGUCGCUGCUACGGAUGUACCCGCCACUGAUGCUCCAGUAGCAGAAACAGGAGCACCCACCAUAGCUAUCACCCAGCCACCCACUAUCCUCACCGAAGCACCCACGGUACCGUUGACUCUUAUCGACUACCUACCAGACUACAGUGUGGAAGCUAUUUUGAAUCCCACGAGCCCCCAAGCAUUUGCUCUUCUCUUUGUGAACUAUGACGUUAAUAUUGACACACGAACACCUGAGCAGUUGGUACAGAGAUUUGCAUUGGCCACUCUGUAUUUUGCGCUUGGACGGUCGUGGACGCAAGGGAGUGUCUUGCCUUCGGAAGAAGAGUGCACGUGGUUUGAAGACACGGGCAGUUACUGUAACGAGGAUGGAUUUCAGGAAGGCCUCUUGUUGGAAAACAACAACCUGGAGGAUGGACCCAUUCCUCCAGAAAUUGGCUUGUUGACAUCUCUCAAAGUUGUGGACAUGUCCGACAAUGAGAUUGUGGGAGAUAUCCCCACCUACUUUGGGCAAUUGACAAUCCUAGAGACUUUGAGACUGGCACGGAACGAACGACUGAUGGGAACCGUCCCAACCGAGCUCGAAAAUAUUCCAACACUGCAAGAGUUGGAUCUUUCUGGUUUGGAAUUUGUGACGGGAACCAUUCCAGAGGGUCUGUGUGAUGUCCCGAACCUUUUGUUUGACUGUUCACCAACACUGUGUGGUUGUGAUUCUUGUCAGUGCGAAGCUCCGCAGUGA